AUGGGCGGUGAAAAUUUGAUCGUCGCGUCCGACGACGAAGACCCGGUGGACCACCGCCCCGACCUCGAGGAGGCGUGCAAGCCCAAGUGCCAGAAGUUCAUCGAAGCGUACGAGGCUUGCCAGACCCGGAUCGAGAAGGACGCCACGGGCGAGGCGCACUGCACGGGGCAGUACUUCGACAUGUGGGGCUGCGUCGAUCACUGCGUGGCGCCCAAGCUGUUCAAGGACACGAAGUGAGGGUCGGCACGUGGUGGGGUUAGGGCUAAACCCGCGCCCCUCUUCUUUUAAUUGUAUCCACUACCCUAGUAUCAAGCGGCGGCGACGGGCCCUUCCUUCAACA